GAGUCCUCCUCUUGCGCUGGCUUCUUUUGCCCUUUUCGCCUUCUAGAAAUACCUCGCCUCUCGACCGUUUCCAAUAGAUUGAUUCUGUCGGUCAGUCGCUCCAGGAGGGCACCUUUCCCCAACGGUCUCUUCAAAGGGAUCGUCGACAAGGGUCCAUUGCUUCAAAGCUACACGUUGAGGAAAAGGUAUGCAUAGCUACGGAUCGAUCGAAGGGCUGGUUUGGGAAUCCUCUCAUUCUAGAAGUCGCGCCAUCGAUUCAGUGAGAGAUUGCCGUCGACCAGGUGUCGAAUAUGUAUUCUCGUCCGAUGGUUCGAUGGUAUUCUUAUCAUGCUGCGGCACGAAUCGGAAGAACCAAGGGAGUUCUCCAAAGGACCAGGCCUACUCAGUCUAUUUUUUUUUACUUGGUGGAUUCAAGGUAACCUCGCCGUCCUAUGGCAAAACAGCACGAAUCUGUGAUGUGGUGACCAGAGAAGACUUGAGGCUCUUCCAAGGAUACUUUAACACAGUCUCCUUCUCGCCUGAUGGAUUCAGGAUACGUUCAGCGUCCCAUGAUCAGAUGGUACCAAUAUGGGAUACAGUGACUGGGAAGAACUCAAGAUCCCCAGAGAUGCAUGUAUCAGGCGCUGGGUUGAUUCAAGACUGUUUCCGGACACCGCAUCCCGCAAUUAUACGGUCCAUCCUGGGAUUCGGUAACCUGGAACUCGAUGGCCAAAACCCCUCAUUUCAUUGCCUCUUGUUAUAUCCACUUCGGAGAUUUCACAAUUGCCUGUUGGUACGCAUGACAGAGAGCCCAUUAUUUGAGUGUGCCGGGUUGUGUGCAACAUGCAACAACUUGAUUUUGGGCUUAUCAAGAGACAAGCAAUAGCUCUGAACCACUCAAGGGCUAACUCGCGGGGCUGCUCCAUCCUCAUUCCCCCGUCUCGAGAUGCAUUUAUGUAACUCUGAGGAUUCAACUAAGCGACUGGAUGAUUUAUAACGCAGCUUGUGCCGCUUGGCACAUCUGUGUCGGGCUGACUCGCGUCCCAUAAUUGGCGGUGUCGGGUUGAAUUCUCCUCUUGAAGCAAUCUUGCUUGUUCUAAACUGCGCGGGGAUGCGAUUUUGUAUCAUUGGUUUCCGCGACAAUCUUAGCCGGCCGACGCCCCUGCUCAUCAUUCGGACAUUGGGGAGUCGC